AUGGGUCCAACCCUCGCCUUUAACCAUGACCAAAACCUUUUUGCUUUGCAGAUCACAUCAAACAUUGAUCAGUUGGCAAUCAUAUGUCUGGUGAUAACGAUCGUGUCAUACGAAACGCAAUUCAUACGAAGCGAUGAGGAAAACGAGUGGAGACGACGGAUGGGUGAAGAGAAACGCCGACAAAAACUACUGAAAACAUUGAGAUCUUCAUCACAGGAGACGAGGACUACGACCACAACAAUAGCCAUCGGUUCCCAUAAUUGCAACAAAAUCGACGCUUUGAUUGACUCGACAGCACAUAUCAUCGACAAUGACCUCAACCAACAGAUUUUGGACAUUAAAAACAGCUGUCAAUUAAACCAAGAGCUAAAUGUGAGACAAUGGCCAGUGAUUCCUGUGUUUAAAUCACUCGUCGAUUAUAACGGCAUAAAUCAACUCGAGUUACAGCGGAUAUCGGGGUUGUUAUGGGCGGCUAAAGUGUUUGCCUAUCCAUCCAAUAAGGUGAUUAUAGACAUUACCAAUGAGCGAGAAAUGUACCUGGUCUCAAUGAAACGCAUAGACUGUCACAUUAGAGAAGUUUCAAAGUUUGUCAAACAAUUGGACAGUUUUGCCGCAAUAUGUAGUGAAGACCAGUUGUCACUACUCAGGAGCGGGUGUUUUGAGAUAAUAAUGUUUAGAUUUACGAUGCAUUUCAAUCCCCACACACCGGAAAUGGUGUGCCGUAUAGACAAUGAAUAUUCAGUGAGAAUGUGCAAUAAAAUACCAGAAUUUGCUAAAUGGAGUGGUUAUGAACGCUAUAAACCUUUCUUGGAUAAAGUGAUGCCCGAAUGGAAUCUAGAUCCUAUUAUUAUGCUUAUGUUAACAGUGAUUAUACUUUAUAACCCGAAUCGACCGAAUCUAUUACACCGAGAAAAUGUUAAACUCGAACAACAACUGUAUAUAUAUUUACUGCAAAAAUAUUUAUUAUUAAAACGGCGGUCAAAGUGGGAAUCGGCGACAAUGUGUAGCGUUUGUGGUCAUAAUAAAGGAGUUGGCCGAAAUUACUGCGCGAUUACCUGCGAGUCGUGUAAAACGUUUUUCAUGCGAACGGCACUUAAAAAUCAGUCGUUUGACUGUCCGUCGGGCGGAAAAUGCAGAAUAAAUCCAAUCACUAGAAAGUUGUGCAAAAAAUGUCGGAUUGAAAAGUGUUUUGCCGUCGGAAUGAGAAAAUUAAUAGAAAAUGACCGAGAGUAUAAUAACAGUACUAAUGACAAUUCACCACAAUCUACACAAUCGUUUGAUAAUAACUGCCAUGAAAUUGAUAUAUUGCUGGACAACACAAACAAUACGAAUGAUUCAGAGAUUACGGAUCAGAUUGUGGAGAUUGAAAACUAUGUGACACACAAUAUAUUCACCGCCAGCGGUAAACAGUUGCCACAAAUGCCAGUCAUUCCCGUAUUCCGGGAACUCAUCGAUUAUAAGGGUUUGAAUCAAUUAGAGUGCAAUCGGAUGCGGGAAUUGAUGACCGCUUCCAAUAAAUUUGUGACCGAUUUAAUCAGUUUUGCACAACAUUUGAUGGCAUUCAACACUAUCUGUCUUAACGAUCGCUUGGCUUUAGUUAAAUACGGCGGCAAAGACUUGAUUUCAAGAUCAGUUCAGCUCGAUUUGUGUAUGUUUAAACAGACACACUAUAACUCGUUGAAAUAUUACUAUGGACAAUUUUUACUGGUGUGGGAUUACAGCGACCCGAUUAUUAUAAACCUGUUGACAACUCGAACAACAACUAUAUCUACUAUUGAAAUAUCGCUCGGAAUCACAGACAAGACUACAAAAACUGAUGAUAACUUUAAGUGA